AUGGCCGCUCGUGUGUCGGUCGAGGGCGCAGGACCCUCGUACGCGUCAGUGCUGAACUUCAAGGGCAGUGACAGUAAUAAAGAGAACAUAGAGAAUAUAGAGGUGACGGAGGAGGUGGUGGACGCUCCUCCUCGUCAGGACGACGAGGAGGAGGAGGGCUUCGUGCCCGUGAUUUCGCACGGGAGGCGCCCGGGCAAGAGCCGCAGGGAGCGAGAGCGCAGGGCUCCACCUCGCCCGCACAAGGCACCACAACCUCACAGUGAUCCACAACCAUCACAGGAUCCACAACAACAAUCUUCAGACCAGCAACCGAAGAAGUUUGUAGAAGCACCAAUCCCAAAGGUCAAUCCUUGGCAGGUGCGAGGUGGUAGCACUGGCGUUCCGCCCCCCGCGCCUCCCGCUUUAGAAGAGAAGAGAUCCCCAUUGCAACCCCAGCAGCAGGGCAGAGCGCAGUUACCUCCAGAACCAGUCCCGGUGCCCCCAGCGCCCAAGCCAGCCAUCGUGAAAGCUCCCAAGAACGCCAAGAUAAAUCACAAGGCGUCAGACUUCACGGACAUAGGCGAUGACUGGCCCACCCUCGGCGCGGCCGUCGCCGGGGCCGGAGCCAGGUGUCACUCCACACCGCCCCCACAGGAUGACCCAGCACAUCAUAACGGGAAUGCUGACCAAGAGCGAAAACCUCUGGAGGAGCAGCAGGUGAAGGUGGAGAAGGUGGAACCAACUCCGAACCACCAGGGCCACAACGACAAACAUUCACAACACGAUAAAACGAAAUCUGCAGCUGGCAAAGGUGGCAGUAAAUCGGGUAAGCACAAAUGGGUGCCUCUCGACAUCGACGUGAAAGCCGCCAGACCCUCCAAACAUGGACCUCAGUACGCGCCUAGGCAAGAUGACACGGUGUCCCUCAACGGCGAGGACACUAGAGGCCGCGGGUCGGGCCGAGGCCGCGGCUCGCUCCGAGGCCGCGGUGCGAGGAGGGCGAGCACACGCGCUUCCCUCCACCCCCACGCCCACCCCCUGUACCACCCCGACGUGGCACACCAUGAUAUACCUCAGCUCCGAGUUCAGCCCGCGAUGCCCCAGGUGGUGCUCCGGUACGGGCUCGGCGCCCUGCCCGUGGCCCCCAUGCAGGCCUUCUACUACGGCACGGGGGCGUAUGGGGUUACACUAGACCAGAGCACACUGAAGGAUCUCAUUAAGAAGCAAAUCGAGUACUACUUCAGCCCGGACAACCUAGCCCGCGACUUCUUCCUCCGGCGCAAGAUGAGCGCGGACGGCACCAUCCCCGUCACACUGAUAGCGUCCUUCCACCGCGUGCGGGCGCUGACGGCGGACGUGCAGCUCGUGCUCGACGCCAUCCGGGACUCGGAUAGGUUGGAGCUCGUUAGCGGGUUCAAGGUGCGAACUGCCUUCGAGCCAACGAAAUGGCCAAUACUCGACAUAAACACAGGGACCAAUAACGAAGAAACUGAUAAGGAAAAGGAGGAGAAGUCGGAGAGACCCGCAGAGGAGAGUGCGGAGAGUAUAGAGAAAAGCGAUAGUGCGGAGAAGGAGAGUGACGAGAAGAGUGUGGAAUUUGAGCAAAAACCACCAGAAAUCGAACCAGAAGAACCAAUGGAAGUAAGAAGAGCCGAACCAGCAACCACGCAACCAGAAAUCCCGGCAACUAAAUCAGAUGUACAGGAACAGGAGGACGAGAAAGAGAACGAAGAGAAAGCGGAAAGUGAAGAGAAAACGGAGAAGAAAGAAGGAGAUGAAGAGAAAGAUGGAGAUCAAAGUGAGAAGAUAGACUCCAACGAUGACCCCCCGCUACAGCCUGACGUGAUAGAGAAGCCUGGGGAGAAACGGCGCAAGAAGCAGAUGGUGGGCAUCUUCCCGCUGGCCACGAUGGGCGGGCCGCUGGUGGCGCCCGUGUCCAGCCUGCUGCGCGCCGUGCCGCCGCCGCCGCUGCCCAGAAUGUUCCGCACGGGGCGCGCGGGCGUGUCGCCGCUGCUGCACGACCACCUCAACCCCGACGUGCCCGAGUUCGUGCCGCAGGCGCGGCGGCAAGAGGAGCCAAAUGCAGAGAAACUUGAAAAUCAAGAUGGCGGUCAGCCCGCGAGCCCUAAUUCGGCAAAAAACGAUUCUGAUGCUUGGACUGAGGUGAAACGUCGCACGAAGGCGGGGUCCCGCGAGCGCGCGCCGCCGCCGCAGGAGGAGCCGCGCGAGGAGCUGCACUUCCAGCUGGACGAGGAGCUGGACCUGCCGCCGCCGCGCCACAACACCUUCACUGACGCGUGGUCCGACUCGGAGUCGGACGCGGAGUUCACGGACCGCGACAUCGGGCGGCUGCUGAUCGUGACGCAGGCGGCGGCGCGCGCGCCCAAGCACGACGGCCACGACCGCCAGGGCGACUGGGCCACCAGGACCAAGAUCACGCAGGACCUGGAGCAGGUGAUCACGGAUGGUCUCAGACGCUAUGAAGAGGAUCUAUGGAAUGAAUUUUCAUCUUCGUCGUACAGCAGCACGCCGCAGUACCGCACGGUGUCGCUGAUCUCGCGCGAGCAGUUCGAGGCGGCCGCGCCGGCGGAGCGCCACCGCAACCCCAGCGAGCCGCCGCCGCCGCCCGCGCACCACGCGCCGCACCCCGCGCAGCCCCCGCCCGCCGCCAAGACGGAGCAGGCGGAGCCGGGUGGCAAGGCGAAGCGACCGCGUCGCACUGCACGCUUCUAUGCGGCCAACAAGGACCCACACGCCACAGAUGUCAUUAGCAGCAGAAAGCACAAAACACGCCACAGCCUGAACCCUCCGGUGGAACACCACGUGGGCUGGAUCAUGGACGUGCGCGAGCACCGCAGGCACCAUCGUGACAGUGCCGGCUCGUCGCUGGGCACGUCCCCCACGCUGGGGUCGUCGUGCGGCUCCGUGCCGCAGGCGCUGCCCGCCUUCCACCACCCCAGCCACGGCCUGCUCCGCGAGAACCACUUCACACAGCAGGCCUACCACAAGUACCAAUCCAGGUGUCUCAAAGAACGCAAGAAGCUCGGUAUAGGACAGUCGCAAGAGAUGAACACAUUGUUCAGAUUCUGGUCGUUCUUCCUCCGGGACCACUUCAAUCAGACUAUGUACAACGAAUUUAGAACUUUAGCGAACGAGGAUGCCGCGGCCGGGUUCCGGUACGGGCUCGAGUGUCUCUUCCGCUUCUACUCGUACGGGCUCGAGCGCAAGUUCCGCCCCGAGCUCUACCACCACUUCCAGUUGGAGACCAUCGCUGAUUAUGAAAAGGGUCAGCUGUACGGUCUGGAGAAGUUCUGGGCGUUCCUCAAAUACUACAAGCACGCAGGAGCCCUACAGGUGGAGCCCAAGUUGCAAGCUCACCUAUCAAAGUUCAAGAGUAUCGAGGACUUUAGAGUUUUGGAGCCCCAACUGAACGAGCUGCUGGCGUCCCAGGGCGCGGCGGGCGCCGGGCGCGGGCCCCACGCGCGGCCCUACGACCGCCACCGCUCCGUGUCCGAGAGCGAGCGCUCGCGCGCGCACGCCGGCGGCUCCGCGCCCGCGCCGCGACACUACGGUAACCGCAACACAGGCAGCUCGAACAACAACCGCGGGCGCGCGGGCUCGUGCGGCGCGCAGAGCGUCAUCGCCAACGCCAGGCCACGCCCAAAACCCAAGGCGAAACAGGAAUCCGUGCCUAACGAGCUGAAAGCGCCAGUCGCGGCCAAAACUCAA